UCUUCUCCUGGUCUCAAGUAAUAACCUCUCCUCCUCCCCUUUUUCGUAAAAAGUUCUAUUUUUAGUACAAACUUUAUUUAUCUGUCUUUUUCGUCCCUCCCUCCCCAUCCCCAACCAAAAAAAAAAAAAAAAGAAAAUUGAAAAAAACAGAAAGAAAGAUUACAAUUUCCACUUUUGUUGUUUUUUGUAAUCUCUUUCUCUUCUCUCUCUCUCUAAUCUAAUCUUCGCAUUCAUUGCGUUCCCUCCAUAAUCCAAGCUUCCGUUACAAGUUCUCUUUUCUUUUUCUUUUUUUUUUUUUGGAUUUUUCUUUGUUUGAAUCCUCAACUAAAUAUUCCCCAGGAGGAGCUUUGAUUUUGCUGGAAGAUUUGUAGGAGAAAUUAUGGGAGUAGUGAUUGAAUUUGGUCAUGUUGUGUGAGGGAGGGAGGGAGACAGUUGCUGUAUGAAGCAGGCGGAUAUGCUGCAGGGAGACGUGUUGGCUGUUCAUCGGGGAGAUAGAAGAAAUAGAGUAGGAUACCCGAAGAACACGGAUGUGGAAGAAGAAGAUUUUAGGGAUGGCGAUGAUGAUGGUUGGAGAACAUUGACUAGCAGGGAUGACCACAACAACACGUUGGACAUGGUUAAGGAAGGUUUGUUUUUGAAAGAUGAUGAAGUAGACGUGGUGGGUACCCCGAGGAGUGAAAGACAGGUUAUGGAGGAAAUUGAUGUUGAGGGCAGUCCUGUAACGAGUGAAAUAAAUGGAGAAAAUGCUGAGUGUUGCUCAUCUGAGAGUGUUCAGAAUGAUAACAACGGACAUGAGUCUUUGGAAAAGGUAAAUAAGGGUAGUGAACAAGCUGUGUUGGAGAGAGAUGAAGAAGAUUCUGGUUCAGGUUCACCUGAGAGGGAUGACAAUGCUACUCCUAGUACAGAGAUUAAAGAAGUGGCAAAUGGUCGAGCUAAAGCAGAUGAACUCCUUCAUCUCAAGGUGGGUGAAACCGGAGAAGCUACAGGAAUAGGUAAUAGAUGUGAUAAUAAGGAUGAGAACAGAUUGUUGGAAAGUAACAACAGUGAUGAUAACUCGAGUUUGGUGCUGAGGGAAAAUGAUGAUGAACCGCAGAGUCCAAGAUGCGAGGUACCACUUAAUGACACAAGUAUUAGAAAGAUGGAAAUGAGAGAAGUUACAGGAGAGCAGGACUCCUCCUCUUCCCCAUAUACUGAGGAUGCUGUUAAAGCAGCUGGAGAGCAAUAUCAAAACGUAUACUUCAAUGGACCUGUCUUACCGCAGUCACCUACACAAGGACAUAGGCGCAGCCAAAGUGAGAUUGGGACUCCUGGACACAGGCGCACCAACAGUUUCCAGAGAUUGAAAACACAGAUGCAAAAGGCUUGGCGUGGGGUCAGCAAUCUUCGUGAGGAUAACCGCCCCACUUUCAAUCCUGAGGUCUUAGCUAACCAAAAAAGACAGUGGUACCAGCUUCACUCUUCUAAAGCUCUGGAUCAAGGAAAAGUAAAGGAGCCAACGUCACUAUUUGAACAUUUUAUCAUUGUGGGGCUUCAUCCGGAAACGAAUUUGAAGCCCGUGGAAGAGGCUUUCCGUAGAAGAAAGAAAUGGGAAAUGGAGAUGUCAAGGUAUGAAGUGGCAGACUACAGAAUACUCCGUCACCGUGGGCCUCAGUUUCCAAUAUUGGAGCCACAGAUUCUUUUUAAAUACCCUCCUGGGAAGAAGGUGGUAAUGCGUCCAAAGGAUCUAGCAACUUUCUGUUUCCCUGGUGGUGUCAAGGCACGGCUUUUGGAGAGGACCCCAUCUCUCAGUGAUCUAAAUGAGCUCGUGUAUGGACAGGAACAUUUAGGAACAGAUGAUUCAUCGUUCAUAUUUUCGUUCAAGGUAGCAGAUGAUGCGACAUUGUAUGGUGUUUGCUUACAUGUCUCUGAGAUUGUUCAGAGACCCCCUGGUGUAUUAAGCACUGCGUCACCCUUGCAUUCAUCUGGAGGAGGCAGUCGUUUUUUGGUUUCUGCACCUCGAUGCUAUUGCUUGCUGACCAGAGUUCCUUUCUUUGAACUACACUUCGAGAUGUUAAACAGUAUGAUAGCACAGGAGCGGCUAAAACGGAUAACCGAAUUUGUCAGUGAGAUGUCUCUUGCUGCUGCAUGCUAUCGUCCACCAAUGUCGAGGACGAAUGAUCAAAUCGAUGGCCGUGUCUCUUCGCCUCGUAGCAACCCUGAUGAUUGGAUGGCUUCUGCAAUACCUGUUGAGGGAGUCAUGGCACUCACGGCCGCUGCUGCUGGAUUGAUAUCUGAUAGUGAGCUUUCGAACUUUGCAGAACCUCAAUCUCCAGAUAGUGUUGUCACCAGUGAUGCUUCAGAUGUAAGCCAGAUCAAGGAAAUAGAAAGAGAUGGCAGAAAAGUUUUCCAUUGUUACGAUGAUAAUUCUUCUGAAGUAUUUGAGAACCACUUGGGUACCCCUGAAAGAACGUCCCAAAGCUAUGAGAAUGGCCACACUUCUCCAGAGGUUACAUGUGUUGAUCCUAGGACCCAACCAAUUGAGCGUCAUGAAAGCUGUGAGUCUGUGUACAGUUCAGCUAGAAGUGUGUUGUCAGAUGACAUUGAUGAUUUAUCAAAUAGUGAAAAUGAUUUCGGAGAUGAGUUAAUACUGGAAUGGGCUAAGGAACACAACAAUGAUGCGUUACAGUUAGUUUGCGGCUACCAUUCAUUGGCAAUUCCUUCCCGUGGAAGUGAAGUAGUUUUCCACCCACUGGAACAUUUACAAUCCAUCGCGUAUACCCGUCCUCCAGUUACAGCUUUAGGUUUGUCAGAAGAAUAUAUUUGCUCUUCUGAUUCUUCCGAGAUAAAUGCAAGGUUGACAGCUGCUGAGGAGGCCAUGGGUCUCUCAAUGUGGACAACAGCAACAGUUUGUCGUAUUCUCUCUCUUGAAACUAUAAUGUCACUCCUUGCUGGAGUAUUAUUAGAGAAGCAAAUUGUUGUAAUCUGCCCGAAUCUGGGUGUUUUGUCAGCAAUAGUACUGUCUCUUGUGCCAAUGAUUCGGCCAUUUCAGUGGCAGAGUUUAUUGCUUCCGGUUCUGCCUGGAAGGAUGUUUGAUUUCCUCGAGGCACCAGUUCCCUUCCUUGUCGGUAUACACAGUAAACCUAUUGAUUGGAAGGUCAAGACGUCUAAUCUUAUUCUAGUUAACAUCCUCAAUAAUCAGGUCAAAAUAUGUAACAUGCCAGCAUUGCCUCAGUGUAGAGAACUUGUGGCUCAGUUGGCUCCACUCCAUGCCACACUGGCUCAUCAGAGCUCGAACGCUAGAAGACACCCGGUUUAUAAAUGCAAUGAAGUGCAAGCAGAAGCGGCGACUAAAUUCUUGAGCGUAAUGAGAGAUUACAUGGAGUCUCUUUGCUCAGAUUUACACUCUCAUACCAUAACAAGUGUUCAAUCUAAUAGCGACAGGGUUUCUCUACUCCUAAAAGACAGUUUUAUUGAUUCAUUUCCUGGUAGAGACCGACCCUUCAUUAAGUUAUUUGUAGACACACAACUAUUUAGUGUUUUAUCAGACUCACGACUAUCGAGCUUUGAGAAUGGGGGUCGCUGAAGCUCAUCAACCUAUACAAUACAAACUGAAGAUACCAUCCAAAGUCAAAAUCAUACAAAAACAGAUAAAAAAGAAGCAAUUGAGGGUAACUUUACUUACUACCCUUUAUACAGAGAGAGAGAGAGAGGGAGAGAAGACUGAACAGGUGAUGAAUACAAAUGUUAACUCACAUUUUACUGCAGUGAAAAAGUAAGAAUACGAGAAAACAGAGACAUGCUUAUCGUGUCUGGAUCUCUGAUCCUUUUUGUCAUUAACAAACUUGUUUGAAAACUUCUUUCCUGCUCUUUUUAUAUUAGUCAUCUCUCAAUAGAAGCUUACUUGAUUUCAUGUUUCACAAUGAUUCUCAGAAUAAAUGAGAUUAUGCUUACUCUU